GCAAACGACCUUUAUGGAAAGUAAACGUCCCUUUUGACGAAAAUAUAGCGGUGACAUUAGAAAAUAGUGAAGAAAUAGUCGGGCUGCCGAGUACUAUCGGUCCUAGAGAAGACGAAGUUGAAAGAUUGAAGGUUUUGUUGUCUAAUUACGAAACAGGAAAUUCAACAAAAUCUUCACCUAUAUACAGAUAA